AUGGAAGCUCCGUCCCAGACGCUGCCGGACCAUUCGCCCGACCCCGUCAAGUUCUCCCCGAGAUCCGUCUCAAGGCUUGACGAGGAGCCCGAAGACGAUUGGCACCGAACACUUCGACCGAAUGCCUUAGAACCCCACGCUCCCCGACCGAUUGCCCACUCGAGAGAAUCCUCGGCCGAGAAAAUAUCCCCAUCCGCACCGCCCGUAACUUUGACCUCCCCGCGUCUUCAAACGCCUCAAUCUCGCACAGGGCUUGGAGGUGUACUUGAGCGACCUAUCGAUCCGAAGAGCGCUUCGUAUGGGCACCAUCGCCAGACCUCUAUCGUCCAUGGGAUUCAACACUCAAGAAAUGGAAGCCUGGCCAGCUCGUCAUCUAGUCCCCUGAGCCCGCAGAUGAUUGCCGCGGCCGGAGCCGCCAUGUUGUCAGACCGCCAUGAGUUCCAUGGCAUGUUGCGGAUAGAUGACGACGUUCCGCUUUCGAGACCCGGAACCUCUCUCUCAAAUGCCCCUACCCUUACCUCUAUACCCCAAGUCCCCGAGAAACCCGCCUCGAUCCCUGAAAGCACUAGUUAUUCGGCAACUACUAGACGGGUCGAGCGUAUGCAAAGCGUCAAAUCUCGCCACGAUCAUGCCCACCAUCCGUCCCACUCCUCUAGACACCAUAGAGAUGAACAAAAAACCGUGGGCGAGUACGCCCUGCAUGUCUUGUUUACCUCCUUCAUUGCCCAAGCUGAGGAGAAGUUGAACGAUUGCAUCACCGUGCCCUUCGACCCAGAGCCACAGAUCGACCAUAUAUGUGGUCCUGGUGUUGACCCGAGCUUUGAUCAGUCAAUAGUCGCCCUUGGCCACAUUGCGAGUCAAAAGCCGAAACCUUUGAUCGACUUAAUGAUGCUGUGGAGGAAGAGUAAGAGCGACCUUGCAAACGAAGCCAGAACACAGGCUCAGCAAUCUAAGGCCCAUCUACCUUUAAGUCCCUUGCAACGACGAAAUACCGAACCUCUUCACCCCCACCAGCCCUCGUCAUCUGUCGAUGCGGGACUGCCGCCAUUCCUAAACUCGCCUUUAUCCAGGCAGGAGUAUGUUGCCCAGGCCGAACGUCGAUCCACCGUGUCUAUAUACAUCCUGUGCAGGGUCCUCAUCGAAAUUAUCAGCCAGAGUAGCCUGGCUUGCAUUACGUCCGAGAUGGAGGAGAAAUUAGAAGGAAUCAUCUUUGGCCAGUUGAAGAUUGCAGAUACCGAGCAACUGAUGAUGUCCCCCCUCAAGCUAGCGAAUUGGAACCUUUUCGCCCAGCUUCUUGGAACGAUGAGCGAGAUUAGUUUUACAACUGUUACCAAGAGGUUUCUCUCUGAUAUCGAACACUCGCUCCAGGAGCUCGUUAUCAAGGGCCCUAAUUCAGCCGCUGGGCGCGAUAUAGAGGGGAAAAUGGAACUCGUCUUGGGAGGCAUGAAACAAUUGCGCAUAAAAGUUACGCCUGUCGAAGCCUGGGAACAAUCGUGCGACUUCCUCGUCGCUCUCGGCCGACUGUUCAAUAAGUCGCACGGCCAACGGGUGAAAACGACGUUCUGUCAAGUUCUCGACAUGCUUCUGAUUCCCGUUGCCGCGAAGGCUUCUCCAAGCGAAUUCUCGCAUCCUAAGUGGGCUGAGGUACGGAGUACCAUUGGCCCGCGCCUUGCACAGAUGUUUGUGAAGCCGCGGCACUGGAGCUUUGCCUUUCCCUUGACGGCGACACUCCUAUGCGUUUCCACUCCAGACACCUUCAACUCUCAGUGGCUGCAACUGAUUCUUCCUCUGCAACCAAAAUUUAAGGACCGGUAUGCCAAGUCUCUUGGUCUGCAGGUGAUCUCAAGAUUGCUCUGGACCUAUCUUUACCGGGCAGGUGAUUCCACGCCGAGCGCCCUGAGGAAGUUGGAUGAAGUUAUAAAGCUAGUACUUCCUCAAACUAAGCGAUCUUUGGUGGCUUCCGAUAUCAGCGUGGCAGAGCCCCUCAUCCAGAUUAUUCGAAUCAUUGGCUAUAAGCAUCCCGAGUACUGCUUCAAGAACAUCAUCUUCCCCCUUAUCAAUGCCGAACUAUUUAGGUCUAACAAGGAGCUUCGUGUCGAGCAACUCGACCCCGACAGGGUCGUUAUCGGCAUCCGAGCGUUUCUGGCUAUUAUUGCUGAUCUUGAGAAAGGCGAGCAAGGGAAGCCCCCGUUUCCUCAGUACAGCGUCCCGUCAUCUUCCUCGCUCCCUGAACGCACUCCCACUUCGCCCGGCAUCAUGUCCCCUCGCAGCGCGCCACUGUCCAUCCCAAUGCCGCCCCCAAAGGAGGAUGGUGUGUCUCGACCGGUCCUUAUCCAUGCGCUUAGCGAUAGUGUGAAGGAGUACUAUCUUAAGUUUUGCGAAAUUCUCGGUACCAUUACUAUAAUCUGCGAUAAUACCUUUGGUGGCCAAGCCGCGUUGGAUGAGAAGUUUAACAGCCCUGGCCCAAAGACCCCUAUCGCGGAGACGUUCAACUUUUCACGGCGCGACGAUCACCAAGGCCCGUCCGAUCACAAGCAAGCUUUUUAUGAGCUCCUUCAUGUUGCCGUCCAGGCUCUCCCUAGGUGCCUGUCGGUGGAAAUACCAUUUAAUUCACUCAUCAACCUUCUCUGCACCGGAACUGCUCAUGUCCAGUCGAAUAUUGCGGAGUCUUCGGCGCAAUCGCUCAAGGCAAUUGCGAGGCAAUCGCAUUCGCAACAGGUCACCAUGGGUUUCUCCAGAUUCAUCUUCAAUUUCGACGACAGGUAUUCGACAAUGUCAGACGGGGGAAUGCUUGGCCUAGGACACAUUGAGAGCACACUGAGGCUCUACGUUGAGUUGCUUCAGAUAUGGAUCGAGGAGAUUCGACAAAAGUCUAAGGAUGCAUCUAAUACAGCAACCGAUGCGAGCUCUAGUAAUACCGAUAUACGGGGCAUGAAGCUUGACCUGUCUAGUGUUUGGGCGGAGGUUGACUAUGUUGAAGCUCAUGGCCUGUUCUUCCUCUGUUCUCAGUCACGGAGAGUGAGACACUUUGCUAUCACCGUCUUGCGCCUCAUUACCGAGUUUGAUACAGCACUUGGUAAAACACAAGGAAAGGAAAAAGAUACACCGCGCCUUAUUGAUAUUCUGGAAAACGACGCUGAUCAGGUCAUUAACUUGAAACACGAGCAACUCUCAGUCGCGGAAAGGAGCCGUCUGCAACGCGGCAUCUUGAGCAACAACAACAAAGGUGCUCUCGUGGAACUCUGUACGAGUGACGUUUCGUAUGAUACCACGCUUUGGUUCAAGAUCCUCCCCAACCUGAUGCGGGUGGCUUUUGAUAAAUGCCCCUUUACUGUCACCAUUGGCCGCGAUCUGAUUUGCAAUCGAAUAAUGCAGAUGUACAAGUCCAUGACCAUUCUAUCCGAACCUACAAGGGGUCCAUACUUCGGAUCAGAUCCCGGGAGCGGCCGCUUAAUCGGAAGGGCACCUGCCACCCAACCAGAGGUCUUGAUUGAGCAAUGGAAGUUGUAUCUUAUAUUUGCGUGUACCACACUCGCCGACCCAGGCAGUGCGCCACUGACCACGCCUACCGCUCACCAGCACGGCAGGAAAGGAUCCUCCAAGUCCACUUCUGCAGACAAGAUCGUCUCCGCGAGGACGCUCUUCAAAUUUCUUAUCCCCAUGCUCUCGGCCUCGUCCGCAUCUGUCAGGGAGGCUGUUGUUGUCGCGAUGGGAUCCAUCAAUAUUCAUAUUUAUCGCACCCUGCUCGAGGAACUCCAGACGCAGGUAUCUCAAUGCAAUAAUGAGGCCCGGGCGCGUAUUCAUCAGCGCUCGAACAGCAACCCUCGCCGGAACCGGAAGAUGGAUCUGCUUCGGACCGAGAUUACGCACGUUUAUAAACUGACCUCACACUUCUUAAAGGAGCCAGAAGUUUAUCAGGAUGAAUGGAUUCUCAACAAUCUCGUCAAUUACACCAAAGAUCUGAAACUGUUCCUCAUGGAUGGUGAAGUGCAAACCGAUUGGGAGUUUCAAAAACUACGGCGCCACUACUGCGGUCUCAUGGAAGAGCUCUUCGAGGGUAUCAACCGAACCAAAGAUCCGUCACGGUGGAUGACGUUCGAGUCGAGAAAGUCCGCCUUUUCACUCAUGGAAGAUUGGUGUGGUUUUUCCCCAAAUCAGACCCAAAUCCGGGCGCGUGAAGACACUAUGAGGCAAUCUCUUAUUGAUCAGCAAGCACUUGGCGAACGAGGAACUGUUACUGCUGCCAUGGAGAUCGAAAAGCGAAACCUCCGGACUGCUGCUCUUAGCUCCAUGGCUGCCCUCUGCGGCGGACCCCUCCUUAUUACAACCGAGAGUGGCGUCAUCCUACAAUUCGACCCAAGAAGGCUGUUGACCUGGAUCGAGGCCAUCUUCAACUCGGGAAGUGACCGGAUGAAUGUGACCGGUAGACGUGCUCUCCACAAUCUCAUUAUUCACAAUAAGGAGUACCCGUACCUCCUUGAGCACUGCAUAGCCAGGUGUUACCUCGCCGAAGUUCCUAAGGUGCUCGAGAGUUACUUCUCCGUAGUGUCGCAGGUGCUCAAGGAGCAUGCUGAUUACCCAACUGCGUUUUGGAAAGUCUUGAGCCUUUGCCUCUUUACUUUGGGAAAUGACCAGAGUGAAAUUCGGUCCAAAUCGGCGCACGUACUCAGGACCUUAGAUGAACGCCAACAAAUGGGAAGAAGCUCCAAAAUUCAGGACUACGAUAUCAGUAUCUCGGACAAGACUAAGGCGGUCUAUAAGCUUGCUCAAUUUGAAAUCUCGAAGCGCCUCUCGAAACAGCAUACGGACCUCGCCUUCCACGUCUUCUCCGAGUUCACACUAUACUUCAAAGACCUUCAACCAGGUGCUCAGCAGAACAUGGUUGCCGUUAUAUUACCAUGGAUCCAGUCCAUCGAGCUGAUGGUUGAUCCAAAUGGUGGCCCAACGGCACCAUCCUAUGUCCUUCUGGCCAAUCUUGUGGAGAUCACAAUCAAAGCCAGCGGCACUCUUCAUAACGAGGUUCAAGCGCUCUGGCAAGCGCUUGCAACUGGUCCACAUCCUGGAAAUGUUAGGGUCGUGCUCGAUUUCAUCAUUUCCCUGUGCCUCGAGCGCCGCGAGCAGAAUUUUGUUGAGUAUGCGAAGCAAAUCGUCGUUUUCCUAUCAAGCACCCCUGGCAUGAAGGUCAUCGACUUCCUGAUGAUGCAAAUUACUCCUAAGGCCAUGGUCCCGAACGAGAAGCGAGAGAUCGUCCCGGCCCCGCCUGAUGUCAGCAAUCUACCUUAUUGUGCGGAUCUAGCUGAAGCUCUCCCUAUCGGAACUAAGCAAGCUGGAUUCUCUCUCGGCCAGCUUUCCCUUAUCCUCCUGGUAGACUUGAUGGUUUCCCCCGUACACCUUACCUCUGAUGAUCUCCCAGUGCUGUUGCAGGUUGUAACGGUUCUCUGGGACCAUUACACGCCUUUGGUGCAAGAACAGGCGCGAGAGAUGCUCGUCCAUCUGAUCCAUGAACUAGUCAUUUCGAGGCUAGCCGAGCAGACUCCUGCCACCGCAAAGAGGUCGAUCGAGGAUUUAAUAGACUCGAUCCGACGACACGAUAGGACAGUCGUCUGGAGUUACGAGGACAGUAACGGCAAGGUUGAUGACAGAGACAACAAUGUCCCGCCGAGCAUGGAACACCUCACAGCAGAGGUUGUCAAGACGUUUGAACUUACGUUCCCAGGAAUUAAGGAGCGUUGGGGUCGGCUUUCCCUAACCUGGGCUACGUCCUGUCCUGUACGACACCUCGCCUGCCGAUCCUUCCAGAUAUUCAGAUGCAUUCUCACGUCUCUGGAUCAGUCGAUGUUGGGCGGAAUGUUGGUUCGGCUGUCCAAUACUAUUGCGGAUGAGGACCCCGAAAUCCGCACCUUCUCAAUGGAGAUCCUCACAACACUAAAGACCCUGAUCGUCAAACUUGACGCAGACAAACUGGCAACGUUCCCGCAGUUAUUCUGGACAACAUGCGCCUGCCUCGAGUCCAUCAAUGAACUUGAAUUCCUUGAGGCGGUAGAGAUGCUCAAUGAGUAUCUUGCUAAGCUAGAUUUUGGGGCCGAUGCUGUGCGGCGGAUGCUACUGGAUGGGCAGCCUGCUCGCUGGGAUGGGCCAUUUGAGGGCCUUCAGCCUCUUCUCCACAAGGGGUUGCGCUCGUCGCUUUGCAUGGAACCCACCCUGCGAACAAUGGACAAACUCGUGCCACUGCCAAGCGAUAACCUUAUUGGGGAUGACAGUCGCGUCUUCUUUGCCAUCCUUGCCCACCUGCCAGGCUUUCUUCACGCCUUGGAUUUGGGUCAACAAGACGAAGAGAUCAUACGGUCCGCCCAGGUACUUUUGAGUGUGACUGAGAGCGAGGGAUAUUCCAGCAUUGCUCUUGUUCUUGAUAAAUUCAUUUCCCGCAAAUAUCGCUCAAGCAAGGAGCUCUUGACUCAGAUGUUUGGAGCGCUCAAGGAAUACUUCCUCCCACACCUCGAUUUCCAAAUGGUCACAUUCUGUAUGGGCCAGCUCACCAAUGCCAUCUCCUGGGUCAAGAUUAAGACUAUGCAAAUUCUCUGCGUAGUCAUACCCGAGAUGGAUAUGCGCAAAUCAGAGCUCGCGGGUCAUGGGUCAGAUCUAAUCUCACCAUUGCUUCGGUUGUUGCAAACGGAGUUUUGCAUGGAGGCCUUAGAGGUAUUAGACAAUGUCAUGACUAUGUCGGGGAGCUCUAUGGAUAAGCAUCACCUUCGAAUGAGCAUGACAAGAGCAACGUCGAAGGCCAUUCGUAAGGAAUAUGAACGGACGCAAAGCCUCUUCGGUAUACCAGAAGAGUCGGGAUGGGCCAUCCCAGUACCUGCAAAGAAGACAGAUUCGACGCGUGCAAACAUUCAUGCGGCAUUCUACAUGUGCCAGAGUCCUGAAGGUGCAGUGGAUGAGCCCACACCAACGCCUGAAGUGGAGUUCCACACUGAUGACUUCGCAUACGGAUAUUUCCCGCUGGCUGAUCGAACCGACACAAUGAUGUCUGACGAUCUCCGUGCCGACAGCACUAUGGGAGAUUUAGUGAGCAAGCUUGAUAGCCUCGACGACUUUUUCGAUGACUUGUCACAGAGCGCGCCUAGUGAGGGGCGGUCAUCAAGGACGAUUACCGAAUAUGAUCCCGAUAAUUCGCAGUCGAGUGUGCAACUCUACGAUGACCAGAUCCUCCCCAUCCUACACCAGGCUUCUAGCAACACUUCAUUCCAGAAUGGGUUCGCCGAACGGCCUCCGGCUAUGUCGCGUGAGGCCAGCUCCAAUACCAUGAACCCUGGUGCAUUCACGGCAUCCUCAUCGAUGCAUCGCCAAAAUGUCCCUUCCAGAUCCGAGAUGUCCCCUUCCACUCCCUCUCAGUAUCCGGCGCAGAUAGGCGAACUAGCCUCCGAUGACGAACUCAACGAGGACGUUUUUUCCGAUGCGGACGAUGAGCGGCCAGGUGCAGGGAGCGCUGAAGGCUCGUUCUUUCUCGAGAACAUGAUACGGCCACUCACGCAAUCGUCGAGGGCUGGGGUGCGGCGGCUAACGGGAAGCAGAACAAGAGAUUUGGACCGGUUCCGGCUGGACCGAGCAGGGCCGCCUCAUAUGCCUAAAGCGCCGUCUGGCACAAACUUGUUUCCACCAAAAUCGCAACAACCGCCCCCAGCUGAUAUGCUUUAG